CAGUUAUUUAACGGUCGAAGCUUUCGCGAGAACGAGAACGUUUCUAUCUGCGCACUGAUUUCGGUGGCAAGCGUGUUUUGUUUUUGCCCGUUGCCGUGCACUUGCGCCCAGUUUAGAAAGCGCUGACUGCGGGAAAGGUCGUUGUGUCGGGCGUUCAAUCACUGCCAGUGACGUUUGUGGAAAAUCAAUUCGGAUUGGUGACGGACGUCGACCUCCGUGCGCUGAUAAGCGGAGAGCCCUAGCAGCGGCAAGAUGCCCGUGGGAACGUUCGACGCCUGGGACACGGCUGUCCUGAUCAGCAUCCUGGUCAUAUCAGCCCUGAUCGGCAUCUACUACCGCUACACGGGCGGCAAGCAGAAGACCACACAGGAGUACCUGAUGGCGGACCAGAGCAUGACCACAUUCCCAGUGUCCUUCAGUCUGAUGGCCAGCUUCAUGUCGGCCAUCUCGCUGAUGGGAGUAUCCAACGAAUCCUACGAGUUCGGCACCAUGUUCUGCGUGAUCAACAUUGCCUACGUGCUGAGCACGCCCAUUGCCGCCUACCUCUUCCUGCCGGUGUUCUACAGGAUGCGGACGACCAGCGUGUACGAGUACCUGGAGCGGCGCUUCGGCCAGGCCACCCGGCUGUCGGCCUCCCUGGCCUUCACCGUGCAAAUGAUCCUCUACAUGGGCAUCGCCCUCUAUGCUCCGGCCCUCGCCUUGGAGGCGGUGACCGAGAUACCGCGGUCGAUGGCCAUCGUGGUCAUCGGACUGGUGUGCACCUUCUACUCUACGCUGGGCGGACUGAAGGCGGUGCUCAUUACGGAUGUGUUUCAGUCCUUCCUCAUGUUCGCCGCCAUCUAUGCGGUGAUUGCCGUCUCGGCCAUAAAAGCCGGAGGAUUCGCGGCCAUCUGGGAGGUGGCGGUGGAGCGAGGCCGUGUGCAGUUCGAUGACUUCUCCCUGGAUCCCACCGUAAGGCACACGUGGUGGUCACUCAUCAUUGGCGGCAUGGUCACCUACCUCUCCCUCUACGGAGUCAAUCAGACGCAAGUCCAGCGGCUGCUGAGUGUACGCAAUUUGAGGAGCGCUCAGUCGGCGCUCUGGUGGAACUUACCCAUCCUGGGAAUGCUUAGCUUCAGCACCAUCUUCAGUGGGCUGGCCAUAUUCUACUACUACCGCGACUGUGAUCCGGUGCUGGAGCAUCGCAUCGAGAAGCGCGAUCAGGUCAUGCCGCUCUUCGCACUGGACACUAUGGGUCAAUAUCCUGGAUUGUGCGGCCUUUUCGUUUCCGGAAUAUUCUCCGCCAGUCUCUCUACGAUUUCGUCGGCAGUUACCUCACUCUCGGCAGUAACGCUGGAGGAUUACCUGAAGCCCUUGUACAAGGCGAUAUUUAAGCGCACGCUCGUCGACUCCCAGUCCACGUUGCCCACAAAGGUGGUGGCCUGUAUUUUCGGACUGCUCUGCAUCGGACUGGCGUUCGUGGCUGGCUCCAUGGGUGGAGUCCUUCAGGCCUCGCUCACCAUUUUCGGAGUUGUGGGCGGACCGCUGCUGGCCGUCUUCACCCUGGGUGUCGGCACUACGCGCACCAAUCAACGUGGCGUGCUUCUGGGAUUCCUUGUCUCGCUGUUGGUUUCCUUCUGGAUGGGUUUUGGCGGACCCAAACCAAAGCCCGUUACCCUAGAGUUUAGCACCUCCGGAUGUACAAAUGCCACGGCGCUCCUAGCACAUGCCAUUGAACUCGGCGCUAAUAGCAGUCCAGUGGUCAUCGAACCGCACUACUUCUGGUUAUAUCGAAUUUCCUAUAUGUGGCUAAGUGUGAUCGGCUUUCUUAUCGCCGUGGUCGUCGGCUAUGGCAGCAGUAUUGUGCUGGCGCACUUUGGAUGGACAGAAAACUCGGAAAUCUAUUUGGACAAGUAUCAGAAGCAACUGGACUACGACCUAUUUGCACCCAUACUGUCUCGUCGCUGGCGUCGCCAAGCGGAACAACGAAACAAUUUGGCUCAGGAUGAGACGCUCACCAAGCUAACUCAUCAGUAGUUCCGGCCGAUUAAGUUUUAGAGUAAUAUAUUUAUGAACAAUUAGGAAUUUGCAGGAGGAAUUAGAUUAGUCUUGUUACGGAUGUCGUACCUAAAAGUGCAUAACUAUGUGACCUUUUUGUAUACCUGUGUGAACUAAACUUGCAUACAGAGCGACCAGAACAGAGUCUUCCAUAUACAUAUAAACAACGAUAAUUAUUAGUUAUUAACGGUGUUGCAAAUGUUCACAAGCUGAUCGUUAAGUGGCCUCGUAGAUUAGUCAAAUGUUUUUUAUAAUUAUAUCUAAAGAGAAGAAUAUUACCUCAACAGACUUUAAGAAGCGACAAUAACUACAUUGAAGCGUGUUGGCCGAUUACUUUCCCAUGUUGGCCAUUGACAGCCACAAUGCCCACAUAAAUUAUUGAUUUAGUUGUACACUUAGUUUUGCUGGAAUAUUUAUGUUCAUACCUACUUAACUUAAUUUAAUUUGAUCCCUGAAUUGCUCGAUAUUUUCAUAGUUUCCAAUCUUUCAUUUACAUAGUACAGCUCUAGGUCAGGGUUUUAUAUAUAUACACAAUGAGCACCCCUAUAAAUAGUUACUAAAAUGUUCUUUCAUUGUGAAUUGUGUUUACAUAUAUAUGUACCUUUAGAUUACACAAAUGUACUAUAGAAACAUUUACAUAUGUAUAUACGCUUGUUGUGUCACAAUCAAUUUUGAAUAAUAAGCUAUGAAAGUUAUAUUAUAUGUAUGCAUUUGUAAAAUCAAACUGCUGACCAUUAAAAACAACUGUUCUACAAAAUGUGACUGAGAAAA